AUGUGGGUCCUUGGGAAGAUCAGGGAGAGUAUGGAGAGCAUUCCUUUAGAGCUGAGUCGUUACAUGGGGAAGAGUGAGGAGAACCUCUUCCUCUCUUCCAAGGCCAAUCUACACAACAACAUCCUCACCCCAGACAAAAUCCCAGAAUUCUGUUUGCCUCCACGGCUCUGCAAGAGGAGCCCUCUACUGGGAGCUGAGGCAACUCCACCUGACCUGCAUAGUCAGAACCAGAUGCCCAGGAGCAACAUUACUUCAGACACUAAACACCUAAAGACAAAUGAUGUGAAGACAAAGAAUGGUGAUCCAGCAGUGGUGAGGAAGGCUGUAAAGAAACCCUUGCCGUUUUCUGCAGAGGGCUAUGGUCUGGCUGGCUUAUAUGAGAGCCCCAACACUCGAAGGAAGGAGUCUUUGUUCCACUCAAAAUGCCCUGCUUACAUGUUUGAUAGAAGUAUUACAGCACCCAGGCUGGCAAAGGAGACAAACCAGCCCAAGAAAACCUCAACUUUAUCUGGGUUUUUCCCUCUUUUUCCAUGCAAGAGCCUCUCAGAGACAGGGAGCACAGAAAGUGAAACACUUUCUUCCAGUGAUUCAUCUCCUCUCAGUUCCCCUUACAGCACUAAAUCCUCCCUCUCCAUCCCAUCGGGCAGUGGCCGUCUUAAAGGAGCAACAUCCUGUCCUUCUCUAAUUGACAAUAGAGAGGAUAGGAGGAGGUGGAAAGGGGAGGCUUUAAGUUUAACAACCUCUCCCGGUAGCCCUCCGAGCUUAAAGGGAAGCUCGCUCACCCUCGCCCCACCCGUCCUCUUCCCACUGGAUGUUCUGCAGUGCCAGGAGAGACUUCAGCGUGAGCAUGUCCUCCCCUUACAGGGCCAUGGCAAAGUUCGCCUCUCCGCUGAGCACACUACAUUCUCCACCAACACGCUUUCAUCCCUCUCCACACUCAGAGUUCGUGUGGUGUCUGUGGAAGGCCUACGGGAUGCAGCUGACACACGACCUUUGAACUGUGCAGUAAGUGUGUGUCUGACACCGGGGAAGCUGCAGCAACAGGAGAGCGCCACCAUCAGGAACUGCCGCAGCCCUGUGUUCAAUGAAGAUUUCUUCUUCACACAGCUGAGUGGGGAGGAUCUGCGGGAACUGCAGCUAAGGGUGAAAGUGGUGGAUAAACCUGCAGCUGGAACAUUGAGGAGGGUGACAGUGAUCGGAGUAAUCACCAAACCACUGUCUCAGUUACUCCCUCUUAGAAAUGGGUAG